AUGGACAAGCCUGGUAUCAAACCCAGUGUCACAUCCAUACCAACUCCACCUCACCUCCACUCCACUCCACCACCAUUCCGGACCACCUCUGAGGCAGUGUCAUAUCCAUACAUACCUGAUCCUGAUCCAACUCCUGGACCCCCAUCCUCACCACCUCCAGAGUCCUACCCUAUCUCCAUCCGCUCCAAUACUCACCUCGGACUGAACAUCACUCCUCUUGCCACCCUCCUCCUCUUACUCCUCAUGACACCUCCACCCUUCCAUCACUCUCCUACCCUACUUCCGUCUGCUCUGAUACUCACCUUUGGACCUGACACCUUUCCUCUCCUCCACUCCUCACCCUGCUCCUCUCUUCUCUCUCCUCCCUCUGACCCUCUUCUGCCAAACCUCCAGCAAGUUACGACCUUCUGCCAUUGUCCCAUACCCUGUACUCAGACACCACUCAUACCUUCGCUCCGAGAUUCCAUCAUAGUUCCGACCUCAGACUUUGACUCCACCUCAGUUGCAUUGGUGACCUCAUACUACGUAAACACCAUUGCCAACAUUCCUUGGACUGUCAACCCCACCUCUGUAACCUCUGUAAGCUCCGCAACCUCUGAGCUCCAUGGAUCAUACUUGGCACUUUCGCUGUUUGUAAUGUAUCUUUCACGCAUUCCCCUCAUCCUCCUGCCCUUCUGGGCUUCACCCUCCCUAUCUCCUUUCGGAUGUGCCACAGGAUCUAACCUAUGA